AUGAACCGCAUCUUGCCGUGUGAUACGAAUAUGAAGGUCCUCCUCGUAGACGACGGCGCGCUGCCGAUGGUCGCGACUGCCUUCUCGCAGACGGAGCUGCUCAAGCACGGGGUGUACCUCGUCGAGUCCCUCAACAGCGCCGCGCGGCAGCGGAACUUGAUGAAGAUGCUGCGCUGCUACAUUCUGCUGCGGCCAAGUCUCUCGAGUGUGGAGGCGGCAUGCGUGGAGCUGCGUAUGGCGAAGUACCGUAGCUAUCACAUCUUCUUCUGCGGCGCGACCAGUGCGGAGAUGCUGGACCGCCUCGCGAACGCCGACAGUGACUCGCUCGUGGAGGAGGUGCAGGAGGUCUUCUGCGACUUCAACGCCGUCAAUAAGGACGCCUUCGUGCUGGAGACGCCGCCGCCGCAGUCGCUUGUGUCGUCAUUCAUGUCAGCGUCGCAGGUGCGCCGUCUGGCGGAGGGGCUGGCCUCGCUCAUGGUGGCGCAGCGCCGGCGACCCCGCAUUCGCUACCAGAAGAAUAGCCCGUUUGUGCAGCGUCUCGCCGCGGAACUCGUGAAUGUGCUGAAAAGCGACCCCGGACUGUACGACUACCCCGCGCGGGACACGGUGUUGCUGCUUCUAGACCGCAACGACGACCCGCUCACCCCGCUCCUCACCCCAUGGACCUACCAAGCAAUGCUCCACGAGCACAUUGGGCUGCGCUCCAAUACGCUCAAGCUGCCGGCGGACGUGCAAGGAGCCGAGGAGGAGGGCUACGUCUUCUCCGAGCACGAUGACGCCUUCUUCGCCAACAACAUGUUCAACAACUGGGGCGACCUGUGCAACAACGUGAAGAAGUACGUUGACCAGUGCAAAGAAGCCCUGAAUCUCGACCGCCCCACAGCCACCCUCGAAGAGCUCAAGGCGUUCAUGCAAAAGAUUCCGCAGACGAAGAACCUCACCGGGUCCGUCACGAAGCACACGACGGUGACCACGUAUCUCUCCGGUGUCAUCAAGAAGCGCAACCUGCUGGAGAUAUCUCUUCUGGAGCAGGACAUGAUCGCCUCCUCGGACCAGAGCAACCACUGGACACGCCUGCAGACCUUCGCGUCGCGCCCCAGCACGAGCCAGGAGGACCUCACACGCCUCUGCCUCAUCUACCACCUUCGCUAUGAGAAGCCCGGCGGCGCGUCGCAGGUGGCACCGUACCUCGACCGCGUCAACUCGAACUACGCCCUGCUCCUUAGUAAGCUGCGGCAGUACUACGGCCUUCAUCGAAACACAGAUCGCUUGUUUGCCGCUACCGGUGUCAUGGCAAAGAUCGUGAAGACGUUUGUGGAUGUCGGCAACAUCUACACUCAGCAUGAACCGGUUCUGAAGCGCACCCUACAGCACCUGUACAGCGGCCAGCUCGACACCGCCUCCUACCCAUACCUGGAACAGCCGACCUCCUCCUCCGGCGGCGGCGGUGUGGCGAAUGUGGAGCAUAAGCCAAUGGAGGUGACCGUGUACAUGUGCGGCGGAUAUACAUUCGAGGAGGCAGCGCUGGUGCACGGCAUUAACGCGCGCACCGCGUACAAGCCGGCGGAUGCAGCCUCGUUUGCGGGCGGCGGAAGCAGCAUCAAGGCGUCGAUCGGCGGCGAAGACGUUCUCAACACGCACUCGUUUCUCCGUUUGCUCGACCAGCUCUCGCCAUCGUAA